AUUCGAAUGACGUGCGGAAAUUUCAAUAGAUUCGACCAGUUUCGUUUAAUCAGAUAACUACCUAUAGUCACAAUAUUUAUACACGAAAUAGCAAAGGUGAGAUUCUUUGGCGUGGGAACUACCGUGGAUCUUUUAACGGGUUAACACUAACUAUUGGCUUCUAAGACGCACCCAAGACGUAGUAUAAAUUAAUACGCCAAGAUUUUAUGUUUGUUUAUUUGUUUGUUUAUAUAUUUGUUAAUUUAUUUUGUUAUUGCUUUAUUUAUUUUUUUACAUUUUAUUCUUCCUUUCUCUCUUAACAACUGAGACUAAAAUAAAUAUGGAGUUAGUAACAAUAUAAAAAACUUCUAGUCUGUACAUCCCAUCAAACUUCAAUCCCUUAUUAUGUAAUAAGUUUUUCUAAACUACACGUUACAUCAUACCCUCGAUAAAAUUACUUCGUAAAAGUACUGUUUUUUGUAAAAUUGACAACCACUUGAUCAGUCGUGGUCUUCUGAUGUAAUGGAUAUAAAAAUAACUUGAUCCACGCGUAAUGGAUAGACUUUUAUUUUCCUUCAACGGGCAUGUUCCUGGUGGAAGAAAAAAAUAAUAAAUAAAUUAUGCAACUCAUAAAUAUCAAUGGAUAAUUAAAAUGUGGAUUAUUUUCUCCUUAAAAGGUGCUGUAUGAUGUUAGGACUUCGAACGUUGUCAUUAACGUGUAAUGUCUCACGUGUGGGAGCUGUGAAAAAUAUCGUCUUUGCUUACAUCUCAUUUUUACGCCUCUUUUGUUUAUGUCCUCUCCGCAAACAUAUCGUAUAUGCUUGUGUAGGCUGUACCUAAAUUUCACUGUGGUGAGAUACACUGUAGAAGCUGGAAGUUUAUUUGGGGACGUGUAGGUUGUUUAAUUUUAGAUGGUGAAUCAAAAUUCUAUUUUAUUUUAUUUGAAUAGGAUUAACGGUUCAAUGUCGAUGGCUGCGUGGAUAAAUUAUGCAAAAAGAAAAUUUUUAUGAAUGGAGAGAUAGAGAAAAAAUUAAUAUUUUAUAACGCCAUAAGUUUCUUUGAUAUUGCUAAAUAUAUUUUAAAUCUCCAAGGAUGUUGUUCGAUAAAAAUAAGUUUAUUUGGAGAGUUCACAGAAAGUAUUUUUAUUUGACCAUGCUUUGUUUUACGCUGACUGUGUCGAAAGAAGUUGCAAGAUUGUUUUAUAAUUAAAGACAUUUGUGCCGGGGUGGAGUGAGAAAAGUAAAAAGCCAAGAUAUGAUUCCGCUCCGUGUUGGAAUAUGUAUCAUUGAGUACACUCGUAUGAAACUUACGCUGCCCAAGUUGUUGGAGGAUAUCUGCGAUGACGGAAGCAUGCAAUUUGUGGUGAUUGACAUGAAUAAAAAUUUGCACGAUCAAGGUCCAUUUGAUGUCAUCAUUCACAAGAUUUUAGAGUGGUACAACCAAGGCGAUGACGUUGGGAAUGCAAAGCUGAUGAAGUUAAUGAAUUACGUGCGCUCGUGUGUUCCGCAGCCGAAAAUGAUCGAUUCAAUCACAGAAACUGUCAACUUAGCCGAUCGGUUUUAUUCGAUGGAGGUCAUGAAAGCAUGUGAGUUUACCAUGAAAGGCAUCAAAGUGUUUGUACCGCGGUUCGCACUUUUAGAGAAAACAAAUUCCGAAAAUGUUAUGGAUUUGGUGAAUAAAAGCGGAAUCAAUUUUCCUAUUAUAACUAAACCACCAGUGACGAGAUGCGAUGCCGAAGCGCAUGAUAUGUCGAUAAUAUUUUCGGAGAAAAACGUCAGUGACAUUAUGUCGCCAUGCGUCAUUCAAGAAUUCGUGAACCACGGUAGCAUGUUGUAUAAAGUCGCCGCUGUCGGGCAACAGAUGUAUAUUUGUGAACGGCCGUCGGUGAAGAAUUUAAAAUCUGGGCUUGAGCGUACUGUUUACUUUGACAGCAUGACAGUUUCGAAACGCAACGUUCACAAUGUCGACUUGCACGAUAAAAAUCCGCAAUUUAUGAAAUUUCGCACGAGUGUUAGCGAGUGUAACGUUCAAACGUUACUAGACGAAGAUAUCGUAAAAGAAAUCCUUUGUAGAAUUACAAAUAAAAUUGAUUUAACUUUAUUUGGAAUUGAUAUUAUAGUUGAAGAGAACACAGGGAAUUACGGUCUCAUCGAUUUGAAUUACAUGCCUAGUUAUGACGGCGUACUGACGUAUUUCGCAGAAGAUUUGUACCAGAAACUUCAACACAUCAACGGUGAACGGGUGCGGAACAAUAUCGAUGCAUAAGUAUUUUGUGAUAGCUUAAUGAAAGAAACAAAUUUUUUUAUAACAAGUAUGAAAUGUAUUUACCCGCUCUUUAAUCCGCCCAUGGCGUUGCUAAACAAGAAAGGUGUAAUUUUUAAAACUAACUAGUUGUGCUUGAAACAGUUCUUAUUCGGUAAAACACAUGUAUAGAAGCGCUAUUUUGCAGAAUGAGGGGAAACGCGUCAAUGGUUGAACCCUGUCGACAUUUCAUAUUUAUAUAUAAAGUUCAAUUUAUUUAUUUUUCUUACAUUGUUAGUCCAAAAUUAGAAAUCGAAAAAUUGCAUGAAAAUUCGAGACUACUCACUUCUUAACAAUCGAGUCAAAAUGUGAAAUCCAACUUGAUCCCACUACCCCUUCAUGAACUGUAUAAUAUAUCGAAUAUGUUGUUUAUAUUACAGGCUUUAAUUUAUUGAUGGAAGAUGUAUAUAUAACUUGAUUUAAUAAAACAGUAUGACAAUUCAGGGCAUUUCGACA